AUGUGGCAAUUAUUACAUUCGCAAUCAUGCCACUUAUUGCGACAAAGGUUAACAGCCGUCAAAAGCAACGGGCAUUAUUUCAAUUUGUUGAAAAGCAAGCCAUCGGAUGCAGUAAAAAGAUACAUUUCGAAAAAUUGCAGUGAAAAACAAAUCAAAACUUUACAGAUUAGUCCAUGGAAACUUUGUACGGGCAUAAGUGUAGGAUUAGGUGCAAGAUUAUUUAUAGGUGACACAGUGUUUUGUAAGGCUCAAACUCAAUCUAGGAUUAUACAGCGUAGACCAAACGUUCUUGAUGAUAGUGGUCAAUUUGAUUGGAAAAGGUUUUUUGAAUAUCUCAAACCUCAUAAAUGGUUGCUGGUGGCUGCUGUUGCUUCGGCAAUGGCUGUUGCAUUCUUGAAUAUCUACAUACCGGCUAUGUUAGGUGUUAUCGUGAAUAUUCUAGCUGAUAUGAGACAUAAUCCCACGGCUGAUUUCAUUGAACAAAUUAAGUAUCCAGCCCUUAAAAUGAUUACAUUGUAUAUUGGACAGGCUAUGUUUACAUUUUUCUACAUUCACUUGUUGGCUCAAGUAGGCGAAAGAGUGGCUGCCCAAAUGAAACAAGAUCUAUUUGUUUCAAUCCUCCAGCAGGAUAUGGCUUUCUUCGAUCAAGAGAGGACUGGAGAAUUAGUCAAUAGGAUAACAGUAGAUGUCCAAGAUUUUAAAAGUUCAUUCAAGCAGACAAUAUCUGGAGGACUACGGGCUAUAACUCAGGUAGUUGGUUCCGCUGUGAGUUUGCUGGUUAUAUCACCCCACCUAACCGGAUUAACUAUGCUUUGUGUCCCAACUGUGGUCAUCGGAGGAACAUUCAUAGGAUCACUUUUGAGGAAGUUGUCGAGAGAAGCGCAGGCUCAGAUAGAAAAAGCAACGCUCGUGGCUGAAGAGGCGAUAGCGAACAUGCGGACGGUGCGAGCGUUCGCCGGAGAAGAGAACGAGGCGAACAUGUUCGCUGAAGAGUGCGAGACGGCAGCACAUCUUAGCAUGGAGCUGGGUUUGGGAGUCGGUCUAUUCCAGGCUGGGACCAAUCUGUUCCUUAACGGCAUGGUUCUGGCAACAAUGUUCCUGGGCGGUCACCUAAUGUCAACCGGACAGAUGUCAGCCGGUGACGUCAUGGCGUUCCUCGUCAACGCACAGACUAUACAACGUUCCGUCGCUCAGAUAUCGUUACUUUUCGGUUCAGUUAUUAAGGGCCUUAGCGCGGGGGGAAGAGUCUUUGAGUACAUAAACAAGACACCUAAAAUGGAUACAUCAGGAACAAAAACAAUCAAAUACCACGAGUUCCAUGGUGAUAUUGAAUUUAAGGAUGUUACCUUCGCUUACCCGACAAGACCUGAUGCGGUGGUGCUAAACAAUUUCAACCUAAAAAUACCGGCAGGCAAAACAGUUGCAAUUGUGGGUAGUUCUGGUAAUGGAAAAUCUACUAUUGCGGCUUUGUUAGAACGAUUCUAUGACGUAGAUGAGGGUUCGGUGACAAUAGAUGGCGUUGAUGUGCGAGAUAUGGAUGGAAAAUGGCUCCGCGGUCGAGCCAUUGGACUGAUAAGUCAGGAACCAGUUCUGUUCGCCACCACCGUCAAGGAAAAUAUUCGCUAUGGGAAACCUGAAGCUACUGAUCAAGAGGUCUACCGUGCCGCUCAAACAGCAAACGCAGAAGACUUCAUACGUAACUUCCCUGAUGGUUACGACACUAUGGUUGGAGAGAGAGGGAUGUCUUUAAGUGGGGGGCAGAAACAGCGGAUAGCUAUAGCUAGGGCUGUAUUGAAAAACCCUCCUAUUAUGAUCCUUGACGAAGCGACUAGCGCUUUGGAUGCGACCAGUGAAAAGGUGGUGCAAACUGCGCUAGAGACUGCGUCAAAGGGUCGUACUGUGUUAGUAAUUGCGCAUCGACUGUCGACCGUCAUGAGCGCAGACAUAAUCGUAGUGCUUAGUAAAGGACAGAUUGUAGAGAUGGGCAACCAUGAACAACUGAAGAAACAAAAGGGACAUUACUGGAAUCUAAUUAAGCAACAGGACCAGGAAUCGAACGGAAGAUCCUUAUAA